GGGGCGAGCGCGGCGGCGGCGGCGGCAUGGCGGCGGCGCUGGCGGCCGUGCCCGACGUGGACAUCGACGCCGACGGCGUCUUUAAGUACGUGCUGGUGCGCGUGCGCGUGCGCGCCCCCGCCGCCGCCGCGGCGGGCAAGGACGUCGUGCGCGGCUACGGCUGGGCCGAGUACCACGCUGACAUCUACGACAAGACGGCGUCGGAGCUGGAGAAGCAGGGCUACGGCUGCGAGUGCCUGGGCGGCGGCAGGAUCUCCCACCAGAGCGGGGAGAAGAGGAUCCACGUGUACGGCUACUCGGUGGGUUUUGGACGAGCAAAUCACUCCGUGACUACAGAGAAGCUGAAAGCCAAGUAUCCAGACUAUGAGAUCACUUGGGCAGAUGAAGGCUACUAACUGGAUCUGACAAGGCAGCAGCAUCGGUGUCAGCCUGGAGCUGACCAUGGCUGGUUUCUCCAGUUCAGUGUUUAGGGAAAUGGUAGCAGGGUUCCAGUGUGCAGCAGCAUGAUGGGCUCUGCUGGUUUGCUCUGUCCUGAACUCGCUGCUCUGAGGAACUUGAAUUCUCUGAGGGAGUUCGCCCAUCUCCGCUUUCACUGGACUUCCUCUGUGCCAUGGGCUCUGCCCAUCUCCCUGUCAUAGCACAGCAAAGCCUGAGGGUGAAGCCCUUACCUCAGCGAAGCUGAUGGGAGCUCUGCCCUGGCCUUGCUUGUGGCGAGCAUUUUUCCCGCAUGUAUGUGGUAAGCAUUAAACAUGGUAGGCAGCA